UGGUGCUAAGAAAAAAAAAAAAACAAAACAAACACAGAUCUGCCAGUUGCAGGCUUGUGGUCCGAGGCUCGCUUAGCUCGGCCCCACGGCUUGCGCGACGCGCUCUGGGCUCAUCCUCACCGCAGGGUGCUCGGUGUUGUUGGGUAAACAUUGGUAAAGGGCUUCCUUCUGCCCAAAACAGCGAGAGCUGCUGCUCCAUAGUGUCAUGCUGUUAUUUCCCUGAGCACGGACCCAGGCUCCCCUCCCGUUAGGGGGACACAAGCAGUUUUAAAAGACAGAACUGCGAGGCAGAAAGGCAGAGGCUCUGCUUCAUCCCUGUCCCGAGGCAAAGCAGCUGGGGCCAGAUUUGCACCAGGAACCACCUCACCUCGCCUUCUGUACCGAGGAAAUGGUCUGGAAAUGUAAAAAUCUAUCUUUCUUCUGACUUAAAUGUUGUUUCGUUUUAUCAGAGGUGAGAUUUCCUUCCUGAUCAGCUGCACCAGCGAGGCGGGGGACUCGCUGCUGCUGUUUUUCUUCUCGAUGUGUUUAGCCGUUCGGUUAAGGUACCUGCUCUCCUGCUGUGCCUUGUCCCUCGUGUCCUCGCUGUGCUGCAGUCCUGGCUCUUCACCACCCUGUGGCUGCACUCGCAGCUCUCCCUGCCCAAGCUGAGCACCUCGGGGCUGCUCCUGGCCUGCUGGGGCUCAGCUCUGCCAGGGCCCCACCGGCCUCAGACCUGGGGAUAGCGUCCGAUGCUUGCGCAACGAAUGGCUGUAAAACAACUGUUUCAUCAGCCACCUGGGCCCAGCGCUGGGAUGGGCGAUGACGCUCGUUAAUGGAGAAUGUGCAGUGCUGAUGCCACCUAGUGCCUCUGCACGUCGAGCUGGACGAGGCAGCUGGAUCCGGCCCCGCACUGCGCCCGCUGCCCUGUGUCUGGGCGGGAGCACACGGAGCGGCUCAGCCCAACCUCCGCCCUCUCCAAACCCACCUGGAUUUCUUGUGUUUUAAGAGCGAUGAGAAACAAAGCAAUACUUUAAAAUGUUUUGGAAUUGCAUCUUCUGGCACAGGUCGUUCUCUGGAGUUCCUAACAAAACUUGACCUUGCUGUCGGGGAGGUUUGCUGCCUGCUGGGCUCUCAAGUCAGGGGUGCUGGGGGAGGAUGCUGAGGCACAUCCAGCCCUCGUGCCGUCAUCCCUCAUCGCUCUUCCAGGCUGCAUGCGUAGCUCUGCUUCACUAACCCCCAAACCAGAAAGGAAAGGGAUAAGCUCCGGUCCUCUCUUGUGGUGAGGACAACGCACCGUCCCGUCAGCUGCCUGGUUUAGGAGCAGUCCUGAUCCCUGAUCCUCACCGAGCUCUUGUGGACUUCAGAGAAAUUAAACCUUAACUCCUCUUUGCUCUGGUGGUUUCCUGGAGCACUGGAUAAUUGCUAUCCCAAGCGCUGCCAAGGCUGCGGUCUCUGAGUAAUUGGAGUGUGAGCGGAUCUUGUUCUGAUUAGGGCUUGGCUGGGGCUGGCGUGCGCUCGGGGCCGUGGGAUGAGGUGUGUGCGCUCGGCGGCCCCUGGGGCUCGGUGGAACGGAGUGAGCGGCCGCGCCGAAAAUCUGAGCCUGGGCUCUGCCUGCCAGACUGCACACGGCGAGGACCAGCACCUCACCCCUCACUCUGCUUGCUUUGGAGCUGGAGUGCCUGCGGGUCUGCCCCUCACCUGCACAGAGAAAUGCAGCCGGUGCAGUCGUCUCUGUGCUUUGUCUCUUUGCUAUCGCCUCAUCCCGCCUCAGCCCGAGACCUGCUGGGCUGCGGGGUCUGCCAGAGCCACCCCGCCACAGCGGUGAUGAAGGAUGCAUUUGUGGGAGCCCAGCGCUGGGCCCCGCUGCCCUUGGCAGGAGGCUAACGAGUGAUGGUGCAACGAGCCCGUGGGCACAGCCCCUUAGUGCCAGGCUCUCACGGUGCACGCAGAGCGGUUUUUCUCCGAACGGAACAGGAAGCUGUUUGUGGCAAUCGCUGUCAUCGUGGCCAUCACCAGUUCUGCAGCUCUCGGGGCCCCUGCGCCGGGCGGUUCGGGGUGCGCGGCCCCCAGACGGGGGCUGCUGGACCCUGCUGGAGCCCCGACCCCUGUGAGGGCUGGAGCGAGCAGCGGGGCCGUGCCAGGGCUGACGUCGGAGGAACUGCAGCAUGGGCGAGGCGGGCUUGUUCGUGCCUUCGGAAAGGGGAAGCGGUGAGAUGGUUGAACCAGAGGCCCCCGUGAGCAGCCCAGCAGCGCGGCUGCUGCUUCCCCGAUGAGGCUCCGCUUCUUGCUUUGCACCAGUAUCUGGAGAAAUCGGGGCUGUCAGCUGUAAGCGUGCCCGGGGAACUCACCAGAGAUGCCUCCAGCCUUCAGGGUGGAGGUGCCCUGUGCCCCUGCAGGACGGACAUGCAGGUGACGGUUUGUCUGGCUGACAUCUGAUCACCAUGAACGGAGCAGGGAGGUUUUGGCAGCGAGGGGCAGGUUUGGGUGUGUUUGCAGCCUGUCUUCUGCUUCCCUCUGCAAGCCUCAGCCAGUGUUCGGGGCUGCAUGUGCUGCGGGGCCACUAAUCCCUGGGCCCUGCUGCAGGAAGUCACUGACCCAUCACACAGGUGGGAACGCCGGAGACCAGGAAUUUCUCUCUGGCUACAGCUUCCAUCAGCUGAUACUUCUGACAAAACACUUGGCUUCUCCACUCCCCCCUUGGCAGCCCCUGGGCUGCAGCCUGCAGCGCUGCCUUAGACCGCGCUGAGCUCUGCCGUGCGCCGUGCUGUCGUCUCCUGCUUGGGGCUGUUCCUCGCACGGGGCUCCGAGGGCUCCCCAAUGUCAGACUCACUGCUCAACCACUCCUGGCCGUCGUUCUCGAAGCGCUGGAAGAAGAGAUGGUCCUUUAAGCGAGGGUCCGACUGCAAGCCGUGCUUACGGGAACUCGCUGAGCGCAGCCCCUCUGCUUUGGAGUACCGCGGCCCCAAGAGCUUCCUCCCGUCCCUGAUCGCUGAGGAUGACACCUUCUUCACCAGCAUGGCUGAGGAAAAGGAGGACUCCUCUUCCACAGAGCUGGACGUCCCCGCAGCUGACUUGCACAGCAGCACGGAGGAUCUCCUCUCAGACUCGGCUCUCCACGGCACAGAGUAUUACAAAGACCUGGGGCUCCUGAGCCCGCCAGCUGCCAAAACAGCGCCGGAGGCAGCAGCGCAGCCAGAACCAGCCCCCCAGGCUGUGUCAGCCAUUCGUUUAUUGGAAGAAAGACCUGAGGUUCUAAGCAAAAUGUCCGUGGACGUUGCUUUUUCCAAUCCCGUGUCCUGCUUGGUGCGUUACGGCGAGGCCGACUGCCACUUCUUGAACAAAGGUACCAGCGCUGCCGAUGGUCCUGAGGAGACGGGUGAAGACCUGGACCUGCAGGAGACCACGGAGUCCUUCCCCACGCUGGUGAGGUCUAUGUCUACCUCUCGGAGGCACAGCUGGGAGAGCCCCUUGUCACCCGUGGACUGCAAGCGCAGGUUCAGCUUGGAUACCACAGAGACGGGCAGCGACGCGGAGCAGGAGGAUGUGGAGAAGGGCAGCCGGUCCUGCCCGCAGCCUCGCGUGUCCCUGCAGCUGCCCCGGCGCGAGCUGGAAGCCUGGAGCAGCACCGGGGGCAGCAUGGUGAUCAAGGUGGAGAUAGAGCCGCUGCGCCCGAGCCUCCCGGGCUGCCCUGGCUCGGAGGAGGUGGAACGUGGCAGUGACGGGAAGAGACUGAGGUCGAAGUCUGUCCCAUCAGCCUGCGAGAUCGCCUCCCCUCCGAUACCCUGCGGUUUCAACACUGCUCUUUCGGUCGUGGAAGGUGUCGAACCCCCUGCUCUGGAGAUGCUGGAGAAGGAUCACGUGUCCCCAGACCACGUGCUAAUUGUCCAGCAGGUACUUCAGGAGCUGAAGCAGUAUCAUGGGGCAAAGCAGAGAGUUUGUGUGCAAGAAGGCAGUGAUUCCUCCCAGCAGAACCUCACCUGGUUUGAGUUCCUGUCUAAUGAAAAUGAGGACAGUGGAAAGAGUGACAAAGCAGAGAAAGGCACCAAGGUGAUGCGCCGUCUGAGUUCCUUGCGGAGCCGAGUUACCGGGUCCUGGCAGAAGGAUAAGGGUAAGAACAAAGAGCAAUCAAAAGAGAAAGAGAAGGAGAAAGAGACAAAGGAGCCAAAAGAGAGGUGGAAAGAGGUCAAUCGGCACCAGCUUGUGCCAGGGGUUUUCUCCAGCUGCACCAGCUGCUCCCUGUGUGCCAAACCUCUCGUGAAUAAAAGUGGUCUGCAGUGCCUGAACUGUGCAGUGAAUGUCCAUAAGAACUGCAAGAGUUUACUGGCUGAAUGCAGCAGCAUCAGACCCAAGCAGAAAGAUUUGCAGCACAGACCUUCUGGAUCUCCACAAAGUUCGUCCCAGUGCAUUUCCCCAGCCGCUUCCUUGAAGGAGCAGCCCCGAAGUCUUCUCCUGGGACCGGAUGGGACCCCAGUACUAUCACGGAAUCUCGGUAUGACUAUUACCCAGAGAGGAAAUUCUCAGUCUUCAUUGAACACUGCUGAAGCUGUUAAUAAAUUUCGACUAAUUUCAGGAGACAUGGAUGAAGGGGAUUCAGGAUUUAUAAAAUUUAAGCAGACCUCAGAUGAUGUUGUCUCACUUGCACCUUCAACAGCAGACUCCAUUUUUCUGGAAGAUGCAUAUUCUAUAUCCCUCCGAAGUGAAAUAGAAACAGAUGCUCAUGAGUUUGAGGCAGAGUCUUGGAGUGUUGCAGUGGAACAGAGUUAUGCAAAGAGACAAAAGAAAGAAGUUAUAAAAAGGCAAGAUGUCAUUUACGAACUAAUGCAGACUGAAAUGCACCAUGUUAGAACACUGAAAAUAAUGCUGAAGGUAUACUCCAAAGCCAUGAGAGAGGAACUGCAGUUCCCGAAUGCAGUCAUCAACAAGCUCUUCCCCUGUGUGGAUGAGCUGCUGGAGAUGCAUGCGCAAUUCCUGCUCCAAUUAAAGGAGCGGCGAAAGGAGUCCUUGGAAGAAGGCAGUGACCGAAAUUACAUAAUCCAGAACAUCGGAGACCUCUUGGUAAAACAGUUUUCAGGUGAAAAUGGGGAGAGAAUGAAAGAAAAAUACGGUGUGUUCUGCUGUGGACACAAUGAAGCUGUUAGUCACUAUAAAGACCUGCUCCAAAACCAUAAGAAGUUCCAAAACUUAAUAAAGAAAAUCGGCAACAGUUCCAUUGUGAGGAGACUUGGUGUUCAAGAGUGUAUUCUUCUGGUUACACAGCGCAUCACCAAAUACCCAGUCCUGGUGGAACGCAUUAUUCAGAAUACAGAAGCUGGAACUAAGGAUUAUGAAGAGCUGACCCAGGCCCUUAGUUUAAUUAAGAACACAAUCACUCAUGUAGAUGCCAUGGUAAAUGAGUGUGAGAAAGGGCAGCGCCUGAAAGAGAUUAUGCAUAAAAUGGAGCAAAAAUCAUCUGGGAAAUGCAAGAAUGGGCUUCUCUUCCGAAAGGAUGAUAUGGGACAGAGGCGGCUUCUGCUCGAUGGGAUGCUGUACUGGAAAGCUGCAUCAGGGCGACUCAAAGAUAUUCUGGCAGUCCUGUUAAAUGAUGUACUGUUGCUCUUGCAAGAAAAGGACCAAAAAUAUACAUUUGCAUCAGUGGACUCUAAACCACCAGUUAUCUCAUUACAAAAACUGAUUGUAAGGGAGGUAGCUAAUGAGGAAAAGGCAAUGUUCUUAAUCAGCGCUUCCUUAAAAGGACCAGAAAUGUAUGAAAUUCACACAAGCUCUAAAGAGGAGAGGAAUUCCUGGAUGGCUCACAUCCGCAGAGCUGUAGAAAGCUGUCCUGAUGAAGAAGGAGGAACGUUUAAUGAACCCGAAGCAGAAAGGAGGGUGGCUGAAGCAAGAGCUGCGAAGUUGAGAGAUUUCCAAGAGCGUUUGAGCAUGAAAGAUGACCUGAUUAUGCAAAGUCUAACUGAGAAGCAACAGAUUUAUCUAGAAAUGUCUGAAAUGAAUGGGUUUGAAGACAAUUCCCAAGGAACCCGAUCUAGGCUACUUUUUCGGGGGGAUAUCUCAGAAAAUCUGCAAGGAGAGUCACUUCUGAAGUCUGCAGUGGUAGAAGCUGAAAAUCUCCAGAACCUUAUCUUCACUCACUUAGGAAAUGGAUACUGUCAGCCUGAAGAUAGCUGUGCACCGGGACUCCCCAGGAGAGCAGAGACCUUUGGAGGAUAUGACAGUACUCCCUCAAUUUCAAACAACAAUAAUAGUCUUGGGAAGAGCAGUGGUGGUGACCAGAGACAGUGGGACUGGAGAGGCCCUGCAGUAAGUUCAGACAUGCAUCUCCAGGACCUCCCAUUGGAUGCAGAAGAAGGAUCUCAAACUAGUGAUAUAACAGGGGUGGAUGACAACAGUGGUAUUCAGCCCACCAUAGAGUCUCAGCUUGUCCAAAGGAUACAAAAACUGCUACAGUUGCUCUUCAAUCUUCAGGCGGUGAUAUCUCAGCAGGACAGCUACAUUGAGAUGCAACGAGCCACCAUGGUAGACCGGGAGAAGCAAUACCGGCUGCAGUCUACACGCGGCAACCUGCUGCUAGAGCAGGAGAAACAGCGUAACUUUGAAAAACAGAGAGAAGAACUGAUGAAUGUACAGAAACUUCAGAGCCAGCUGAAACUGGAGCAGCAACGCUGGGAACGGGAAAGGAGUCAGCAGCAGAGGGAACUAGAAAUCACGGAAGUCCGGCUGCAGAAGCGUGAAGAGGAAACUCGGCAGCUGAAAGACAAGUUGAUUCAGGAUAGAGAAGAACUCGAGAGGCAGCGAGAGGCCUAUCAGCAUGACCUAGAGAGGCUGAGGGAAGCUCAGAGAGCAGUAGAGAAAGAGAAGGAGCGUCUAGAUCAGCUAAGGAAGCUGAAAAAGCAGAACACGGUGUCAGGCACAUUCUCCCCCGAAAUGGGACAGAACCAGAUGCAAAGCCACUCCGUUAGCUUCAACGGAGAAGGGGUAGAACCAUCUCUGCCAGUCUUGAAAAGCUCUGCGAGAGUGAGCAUCUCUGGAAUAGAUUACUUGGAACGGCCGGAGCUGGUUCGUAGGGACAGUACCACCCUGGAGAAUCGUCCAGUUCUUGCACUGAAGAACGAAGUGCCAAUCCAUCUCCUGAGUGCAACUAAUCAGAUACAGAAACCAGCUGCAGUUCAGCAGCAGAUCCCUACUAAGCUUGCCGCUUUUACAAAAGGAAGCAAAGAGAAAGGUGGGAAGAGCAAAGCAUCUCACAGGACAGACAGUUCGGCAUCUGUUGAUCAGAAGCAGCUGAUUCCCCCUAGGCUCGUUGGACGAGAGGACGGUAUCCUCAGAGGCAGGCGAUCAGCAAGUCCAGUCCUCCCAAGCAGCCAGACCACUGCAUUCCAGACAGAAUUGUAUGGCUCUACAGAUGGUCAGCCAGAAGCACUUUCAUCUGCCUCAGCAAACCCAUUCAAGCCCAGUAACGUUCACGUUCAGACCCUGGUGACCUCUCAGUCGACUCUGUUAAAUGCACAAGACGAUACCAGCAAAGAAGAUGUAAUUUUUUUCUAAUUGUUUCCAUUUAAAGAUCAGUCUUCUGACAUACUGAUUCAAGAACUCAGGCUCCAGUGUUCAACGUGACAAAGACCUGACGUGGAUGUCUUUUUAUCCUUGCCCUGCUAAUACUAACAAGGACCAGACCAGGAUUACAGUUUUACUUUGUUGGCUUCUUUGCCAGCAGCUCAAAAUGAGGGCACAGUGGUAAUAAUUUGCUUUUAAAUUCUCCAACCAUGGAAAUGUGUUGACGCAUAGCAUGGGUGUAUAAAUUCAGAGCAUGUUAAAGUGCUGCCAUUUACUGCAAUUUGCUCUCUCUGGUGUAUCUACGCUCUUUGUGGGCACCAUCUUGUAAAUUGUUGUAGUUGAUAAUGAAGCUCCCAGAUUUUUAUGUAAAAAAAUUUUAGUAGUAAGCCCCAAAAUGGCUGAGAUUUUUUAAAUCCCUUUUUCACAGGUGCAAGGUCACUGUAGUGGAUUAUGCUAACUGUGUGUUAACUUGUUGACUAGCAAGCCAGUCUCCUUACAGCCAGGCACGAUGAACGUUGUGAUACCGCCUCACAGGAACCAGCCUAGCAUCUCUGUUUCUUUAGUAAAUUUAGCGGAGCGCAUGCUCAGUGGCCAGGUGCAGUAGGAAAGAUAAGGUAAGCUGCUUAAGAGUCUUCAAGGUUCAAGAGCUCCACCUGCUUGUGGCUGAGGAGGGUUGAACAUAUGAGAACACCCAGCGGUUACGAAGACUUGGACUCAAUGCACAAUUCAUUGGAUGUCAGCUUGCACGAGGAAGCUGUCCCUUUACAGACACUGAGUGGCUCUCCGGUUAGUGAGAGCAGUACAGGCUCCCAAGCAAAACUCAUGAGCUGGUUCAGAAGGAACUUAGAGACCUGGAUUUUGUUCCUUGCUGGAAGACGUAUAAUAAGUGUUUGAAUGCAGUAAUUACUGUCUCGUUUCAUCCCAAGUCUUCUGCGUCUUUCGUUUGUCUGCCAACUUCUUGGGACUUUACUCCGAGUAUCAGAAGAUAUCAAAGCUGCUGUUACUGCAGAGGCUUCUCUGCAGCACUGUAAGGAAUGAAGGGAAUAAGAACUGUUUGUUUUGUUGUUUUAUUUUUUUUUUAGUAAUAAAAAAGUGCUAUUAGCUAAACCUGGGUUGGUUUAGCUGCUUACAGCUAAACCAGCUUUGAUACCUCUUGUUAAAUGGGUCAGUUCUUAAGUAUGGAAUGAUGAUGAUAUUAACAGAGCCCUGCUCAAAAGGCAUUAUUUCUCUUUGUAGUAAUUUGCACAGUCAUUUGUUGUAUUCUAUUACUUUGCUCUGUAUCUCAGUUCUUUAUUACUCACAUCACCGAAGGACGUGUAUUCCGAUGUGUGUCAGAUGUGACCAGUCAGAUAUAUUGUGCGCAGGAGAAACUGUUCAAAGGACAUUAUUACGGAGUUAGAGAAAUCAGAAUCUCGGAGUUCAAAAACUUGGGUUAAUACCUUUCAGAACAUGAUUGAUGGGGUUAUUUUGUAUCUUUAACCCUGGCUGGGAGUGAUUUUUAGCACAAGUGAAUGGAAUGCCUGAUCAGUUCCCAUUCAGCCUCAUGGCAGUGGCUCGGAAUGGCAGUUUAUCAGUCUCUCUUCAAAUCAUUGAAUCAGUUACUCUGUCUCGGUUGUCAGGGCCUAUGUGACUUUAGUAAUGUUCUUUAAGACAGUAACUUCACUUUGCUUGAAGGUUUUAAAAUUUAUUGCAGUACUUACAGUGCAAGAAACGUAAAUUUUCAGCAGAAAAUAUGGAGUUUAUUUCCAAGAGGUUAUAAUUAGGGUUGUUAGUGUCUCCAGACAAGAACUUGAAAUAUCGAAACUUACUGGUCAUUGUGAGAGCAAAAAUAUAAGCUAAGAAAUACUGAUUCUGUCUUGGGGAGCACGCAGUCCUUACUGUAAUGCUUCUUGUAUUUAAGGGUCUUUUUGCUGAGUGAUACCGGUACCAACCUAAAACAAGGCACAGAGUUCAACAGAGUUGCGAUGUUACCUAUGAGAGGAAACUCCAAACUAUCUAGUUUGUUAUCAGGCUGGUGAUACUUCCCCCCAUCACACCUCCCCAGCAAAGUAAUACAAUUAAAUAGGACACACUUCACUUUAAUACCAAAGUAUUGCUUCGUAAAUCAUGAGCCUUGCAGAACUUACACAGGUUAUCAAUGUCUAGACCUGCAGAAAACAGUAUGAGGAGCGUAGUCAUUUUUGCAUUGUUGUGAUACUGUGUUGAUAAUGGUUAGAACAUAUUUCUACAUUGUAUUUUUGCAUUCCUAAAACCUAGGUUAAAAUAGCGGGAAUACCUUAAAAUGAAUGUAACUUCUGAUCAAUUCAGCAGCUCUAUAGGACUGGUUCUUCAGUCAGCCGAUGUGGAGACUCUAGUCAUCUCUGAUACCCGUGUAAUUCCUUCUGUAAACGUACAGCAAAGCAGCAAGAAUGUACAGUAUGUUCUCUCCAUGCUGUGGUUUGGUCCACUCCUAGUGCAAACUCUAUGCCCCCAUUGCCCUAAAUUACCAGUUUUUAGCAGCUUUAACCUAAAGCUAAGUUGCAUCGGUGGAAUAAACCACCUCAGCCAAGGAGGGAAUUCUCUGUUUAGAUAUUUUAAACCAAAUUUUAGAAACAUGUAUUUGGCUCAGUUUUGUGCCUGUCUUAAUGUAUGGGGGAGAGAGUGUUCUAUGGACCAAAGAGGUUUAUUUGGCAACGUUUUUCUUCUUACUCUGUGCAGUGAAUGAACUCAGAUAUAGGAUGGUAACAUCUGGAAAAUAUUAAGUCUGCAGUGAGGUCUCAUUUCCUUUAAUAUGUUUUAACUUAAAUAUAACUUUUAAUAUUCAUUGUCAGCAGUGCUUUGGAUAAGUUGUGGCUGUUAGCAAAUGGACACGGGACUUUUACAGGCUAGGCUGUUGGUUCAGCACACCAAGAGUUCUUUGGAAUACUGGUUUUCAAUCUGUAACUGAGAAAUUACCUUAAAAGUUAUCUGUCUUCAAUACACACCUGGCUGCAGCUAGUCUUAGGAAAGCCAUUUUCCCCAUGAAUAGAGAUUGCAUCAUCUCAAAAUCAUGGAAGUGCCGUACAAGGUAUUUAUGUGAUUUCCUGUAUAGUACCCAGUUUGGAAGAGGUUUUAGAACGAUAUCGCUAGUGUGGAAUUUACCGUACCAGAGUACGGUAAAAUUAUUUGUAGAAGGCUGAGGGAAGCAAGUGAAAUAUUUUCUUUAAAUGAAGUAUGGGUCUGCACUUCUGCAAAAUUGAAUCUGUGAAAUUGUUAUUAAAUCACUCUAGUUGAGUGCACUUGUUUUGGAUUCUACUCAAAUCUAAUUUGUAGAAAAAUAAUCUUUCUAAGCAGAUUGUAUUGCAAAAUACUUCUGUAUCCUGGGCUAAGUGACAUGCUAUUGAUUCUGAGUAAUAUCCUUUCCAUUUGACUCUCGCUUACUUCAGAUAAAAGUUUCCUUUUAAGUGAUAUCAGAGGAUUAGACAGUUCAAAACUCUGCCUCCCAGGUGCCUUUUGGCUUCUUUCUUGAGCUGGGAUGUGGAGGAAAUUACAGCACGAGCUCUGAACUGCCUUCUUCUUUGCUUUGUGUCACAGCCUUAAAAUUAUUGUCCUGUUUGUCCUGUGAUGUUGCAACGUAGAGACUGUUUCUGUGGUUCUGAUUCUCAGUUUUAACUCUGGUGUAAAAGAGACUUCCUCUGUCCCUUCCCAUUUGGACUGUGGUCAUUUUGUAUUUCAGACUGAAGAUCCCUCCAUAUUCGCUAGUACUGAGCACAUCUGCCCUGUGCAUGCUGUAAAUGCUUUCCUAGUUUUCAGCUGUACUAUCUGUGGAUUGUAGAUGUGGCACAUCCCAUAAAUUGAAAUCGCUAAUCAUUUCCCAGCAUGAAGCAGAAGAAUUGGUACUUCUAGAGAUUCUUGCUCAGCAAGCUAAUAGUAUUCCUGCAAAGGUAGGAGUAAUUCUAAAUAAAUUCCUAGCAGUUUUGUCUUUCUGAGUAAUAGAUGAUCCUGCGUACAUGGGAUUUGGUGUUUGUCAUUUUCAUUUACAAUGAAAGAUGAAACUUAAACUAGGAAAGGUUUAAGAUAUAUUUUUAGUUUCACUUCUACUUUCAGUUCAGCAGAAUGGGAGCUAAGUCUCCCCUGGUGGUGCUCAGUGAUGUUCCUGUAUGUUGUGCCCCUGUGCAAGGGAAUUUGGAGCAUUUUUGUUGUCUUCCCCAGCAGUUCUCAC